ACAGGUAUACAAAGUAUACUACUAAAUAUUGUUAUAAUUCACACAAAAUUGUUCUAUUGUACGUUUUAUGAUACCUGAUCUAAAGGUGCGCUUCUCCUUUAAGUGUUGCGUGGUCACAGUAUGACCUAAUUUCCUGUCCUAACUCCUCCUCUUCCCUUUUGAAAUGUGAUUCUAUGGAAGAGAGUGUUAUAAGGGCCACUCAAUCUGAGGCUGCUUAUUUUGUCUCUAUUAUUCAGUAAAUGAUCCAGUGAAUCUGCUGCCUGCUGUCCCGUGUCUGUUUCUACACCCACACAACGUAACACAACGCAGACCAAGUUUUAAUACCCGGUGUCGCUGGCCGCACAUCACGCUGGGCAUAAGCGAGCCGCACGGGUUACACGUGGUGCUGUGAACCUUUGGGUUUCGCAUGAUCGGCUGUUCACCGAUCGCCGGAGUUGCUGCUUCAACAGACUACGGGUGUGCUGUUCCGAAUCGCUGGAGGAGUGUUUCGCUGACCGCGGAGGCCGCAGCUCGUUUCAUCUCGUCACCUCUGCUCGACCAGUUCACUGUAUCUGCUGCUCACAUCAAGUAGGAUGGCUUUAAUCGAACGAUUGCUUUUUGUGAGGUAUGGUUGAGAACUGUUUUGUUUCUAUCGACUACUAUUCGCUGCAUAUACACUUUGAUGUGCGUUGAACUGUUCCGUGAAACUGAACACUCAUUAUAAAGGAGUUUGAUCGUCACGUGGAACAUUUUUUUUUUCUCUCUCAUUCUCCGUGCAACUGUAUGCUGAACCGUUCUUCGCGCUGCUGCACGCUCAUUAUAACGGAGGUUUUUGUGAUCGUCACAUACGUAAGUUUUUUUUUCUCACUCCAUGAGACGUCACACUGAACUGCUUUGAAAGAGCAUUAUUACAUGUGUUUCUGCAAAGUGUAUAUAUUUUUCUGCAUACUAUGUUGUGUCUUUAGUGCUUUUAAUUCCAUUUUCUGCAUAUCUCUUGGUGUUUACUAUUCAAGUUGAGUCAUGUUUGAGGACACUGUUAGUCAAGAUAACUUUAGCUCUGUGCAACAACCUAACGCCAUGUUUCCAGUAGGCAGGGGUAGUGGGGCUGUGUAUAGUCCUCCUGACAAAAUGUCUGAAACUCCACGUCAAUGUUUUGGGAGGGGAAGGGCAUUCUUUAAUGCAGAAAUUGACCAUGUACAUGCAUCUGAUUCAGCUAUUGGUGCCUCAGUGGGCCCUACUGCCUGUUCCACACCUUUUGCACACUCAAACGCUGAUAAUGUUUUUACUCCAGAGUCUUUAGGUGGUUUAAUUUCUGAUUUAGCUCAGAAAAUUGGCGAAAGCAUUUCGGCCAGUCUCAAUUUAACACAACAACCCAGCCAAUUGCAGUCUAAGUCAAAUGUGCAGCAUUCAGAUGACGGUGCUGAUACGUCAAAAUUGAAAGUGAUUGUCCAACAUGAUGUGACACCUCCACCAUUCUUUAGAGGUGAUCGAAGUGAUUCAUUUACUGUGCACGAAUGGGAGGACAUGAUGUACAGUUAUUUGAACAGUAAGAAAUGCACUGAUGAAACUGCUUCUGAUCUAAUUUUGAGCAGAUUGGCCGGAAAAGCAAGGGACGUGGUCAAAGUGUCCUUACGUAGUUUCCCAGGGCAGACUACUGCAGUGCUUCCUGCCACAGUGUUUGAUAUACUGAAGCGUAAUUUCAGCGAGUUAACUUACUCGAACAUGCCUAUGGCUGACUUCUACAACACUCUCCCUAAGGUAGACGAGAGUCCAAUGGACUACUGGAUACGGCUGAAUAAGGCGAUCGAUGUGGCUGAUGAGUGUUUACGUAGACGCAACAAGUGUGUUGAGGAUCCUGCAGCUGAAGCUGUUAUGAUGUUUGUCUCUCACUGUCCAGAUCCUGGCCUUGCUUUGUCUUUUCAGUUCAAGCCUGCCGAACAGUGCAGCUGAGGUUCAAGAGCGACUGGAUUGUCACCGCAGGAACCUGAAAAGAACUUCUGCUAGAACCCAACGUUACUCACCUGUGUUCGCCUGCCAUCAGGACACUGUGACUGUUCGUAACGAUCCCGUAUUGAGUUCUCCCAAACAGCCUGAACCUUCCUCAGGUCAGUCAACAUGUUCGAAUGGUCAGCUCAACCCUAACGCUGUCCCUUUUACGCCUAACGAUAGCAUGCAGCAGUUAGUCGGCAUGAUGGAUAAAGUUCUGUCUCUCUGCACUGCCUCACUGUCCUCGUCCAAUCCUGGAUGUCACAUCAGAACAUCUGACCCCAAGCCUAGUGCGAGUUCAACAUGUAAAGUAUGUCGAUCUAAAGAGCACACUACACAUUCUCUGAGAUCCCACAUACAGCACCGUUUUAUCAGGUGGCUGCAACUUGCAACUAUUUACAAAAAUCUCAUGUGGGUCCGACUCAUCUUUUAGGGGAAGUACAUCACUGCCCAUGCUGCCCCCUUCCACACAUGGGCUAUCUAGUUUAACUGAGUGGCAGAAGAAUGAGGCUCAAAGCUUGUCUUCUUUGGACAAUCACUCUUAAAGUGUCCAGGCUUGAAGCAGUUACGGCAAAGCCUCUGCCGCAUGCAAUGAGAAUGUGUAGUGUGCUCUUUAGAUCGACAUACUUUACAGUGCCAAGUGUUUGCGGCUGGCACGUGAGAUGGAAUGCUCUCUGUACAGAAUCAUCUUUCACACUGUGUACAUGCUUCAGCAGGUCGGAGUAAGGCUCGGUCAGAAUUCGCUGACUCACCGGCUUGACAAACGGGUCGCGACUGAGCGCAUCCGCCACAACAUUUAGCCUUCCAGGGAUGUACUUGAUCUUAAAGUUGUACGGGGCAAGUUUUGAAACCCAGCGCUGCUCACACGCAUCCAGUUUAGGUUUUGUCAUGAUGUACUUUAGCCCGCCAGAGGUUUUAUUGGCCUGGGAUGGAAAGUGAUGUUCGUGAUUACGUCAAGACUUGUACCCGUUGUGUCCUGAGUAAAACUCUAGAGCCAGCUGCAAGAGCACCCUUGGAGAGCAUCAAGACUACUGCCCCAUUGGAGCUCGUUUGUAUUGAUUUCUGGUCCGCCGAGGAUAGGCACAAUAAAUCUGUGGAUGUCUUGGUAAUCACGGAUCAUUUCACCAAGUUAGCGCACGCUUUUCCAUGCCAGAACCAAUCAGCUAAGAGUGUUGCAAAGAAACUCUGGGAUGGCUUCUUCUGUGUUUAUGGCUUCCCUCAGCGUAUCCAUUCGGACCAGGGAGCAAAUUUUGAGAGCGAGCUGAUAGCAGAGCUCCUUGAUCUUGCUGGUGUUGACAAGUCACGAACUUCCCCGUACCACCCCAUGGGAAAUGGUGGAACUGAGAGGUUUAACAGAACAUUAGGUAACAUGUUGAGAUCGCUUCCACCCAGAUCUAAACAAAAGUGGCCACAGUUAGUGCAAACUAUGACAUUCGUGUAUAACUGCACUGUCCAUUAAACAACUGGAUUUGCCCCUUUUUACCUGAUGUUUGGAAGGGUGCCGAGAUUACCUGUUGACCUCAUGUUUUCAAGUGUGCUUCGUGAUGAGUCAAUCUGUGAUUACAAUGACUAUGUUCAAUCUCUUGUCAGUGAUCUACAGUCUGCUAUGGUGCUGGCUCAAAGGAAUUCUACUGCAGAACAGAAACACCAGUCUGAUCAAUACAACAAGAGAGUCAAGGGAUUGCCUCUGUCAAUUGGUGAUAAAGUUCUCAUCGCAAACAAAGGCUGUCGAGGUAAAUGGAAGCUUGCAGAUAAAUGGGAACCCACCAUGUACUCUGUUGUCGCUUCCAAACCUUCCCUGCACAUUUAUAAGAUCCGUGACAGAUCUGGUCAUGAGAAAGUGGUACAUCGGAAUCUCUUGUUGCCAGUUAACUUUCUUCCUUUGCCUACAACAGAGUUUGAGUUUUCUGUUGGUCAAUGUACUGGUGAUGGUCCUUGCUCCUCACCUUCUCGAUCUGUAUGUGAUGUAACUGAGCCAACAAUACCUGUCACUAAUGCUUUGUCACAUGCAGAGUCUCUAUCUGUCAUUUCUCACAUGGCUGUGUGUGAUGAUGAUUGUACAGCUUCUUGGGUCUCAUCUCAUUCUUUUCAAGAUGUUUCUGAAGCACAAGCUGAUUUAUCUGUUGUUAACCCUGACACUGUAGCUAGUGCUUUUUCACCUACUGUCCCUGUUUCUACAGAUUUGUACGAUCCUGUGGUUGACAAUAACCCUGACAAUCGUUACAUUACCAGGCUUGGUAGAGUAAUUAAGCCUGUUCGUAGGCUGAUUGAGUCAAUGGUUCAACUCGAGACAUUACUUGGUGUGGAGUCCAUAUCUCCUGUUAUUCAUGUU